GGGAACAACGAAAUUGGAGGGCACCGCCGUAAUAGAGUACCCGGGAACAGAUCGGACGAGAGCCUGAAGAAGAUGAGGAGCGAACAAUAGAGAGAGAGAGAGAGAGAGGAAGAUUUUGAAGAAGAUUAAGAAGAGAGAGAGAGGUUUGCGAUGAGUGAAGAAGGCUCGAGCGGAGAAGUGAAGAGGACGGUAAAGGAAGAAGAGAAAUCGGAACAGCAACAAGGGAAAAGAUCUCUCGAGAAAGGAAGAUCGUGCAAAGGCUAUCUCUAUUACUCUUCCACUCUCAAAUCCAAGGCUAAAAACCCUCGCUGCGUUGGAAUCCCUCGUACUCUUCGUCAAGUUCCUGAUUACGUUGUUGGACAAUCUGAAGCUGAAGCCUCUAAAGAAGGGAGGACUUUAGCGGAUUUUUACUAUGGAUGUUUGGGUUAUUCAGUCUACAUGACUGAAAAAGACUCAUCUGCCAUGAAGCAACCUACAAAGACCCAACUUCCCGUUUGUGUUGGCCUUGAGAUACUAGCAGAUAGAAGAUUAGCUUCUAGCACCACUUCAUCUGUUCCAGCCCGUGUUCAAAACAGAAAUGAUUCUCGGGAGUUGCCUCAGCACCAGAACCAGAAACCAGGCCCAGCUCCAGCCCCAGCCCCAGUCACAAACACAGAAAACGGCUUCGUAACCAGGUUCACAAGAAACGCAAACCUGGUAGCAUCAGGGGUGAUGAAGAAUCUGAAGAGAGUGGGUAAUUAUGUCAAAGAGACUGUGGACGAGUCCAUGGACCCAUAUCGAAAGCGACCAAAAUGAAGAAACGUUUUACAUUAAAUUGUGGAGACAAACCAAAAAGAAAAAAGGAUCACAGGUGACAGACGACAAGAUAUGACACACUGUUUUGGAUUCUCAUCUUGAAUUCUCAAAAUAACAAACAACCAAAAAAAUAGCUGCAUUGAUAUCUUAAAGCAGCCUAUGUACUAAAGUGAUUAGCUAUGAGACUACGAGAACAGUAUUGUGCCCACUUUGCUCGUCUAAGUGAGUACAGUUUCACUCCAUAUAAAAA